AUGAUUGGGGUUGUUCGCCGGUAUCAGACUUCCGGGAUAUCGAGUGAAGAAGUAAAGAAAGUAAAGGAAGACAUCAAGCACUGUUUUACGAAGCUGACUUGCUUCCUGAUGCCUCAUCCCGGUGAGAAAGUGGCUGGAGAUCCUAGUUUCGAAGGGUGCCUUUCCGAUAUAAAGGAAGACUUCAAGAAUCAGCUCCGUCAUUUGGUGCCUCAGCUGUUCUCACGAGAAAAUCUGGUCCUUAAGACGAUCGCUGGCAAGCCCAUCACAUGCAAGCAACUCUUCGAAUUCUUUAAGAGUUACGUGGAAGUUUACAACAAUCGGGAGGAAAUGCCCGAGCCGAAAGGCUUCUUUGAGGCCACCGCCGAGGUCCAGCAUCGGAACGCACACGAUGAAGCUGUCGACGACUACACUCAGCAAAUGAAUAAACUCACUUCCGAAAUUCCCGUGCCGUCUCAGAAGAGAAUGGAUGAAGUCCACGCCUCCCUCCGAGUGGAGGCAAUCGACAAGUUCAGGAGUUCCAGGAAGAUGGGCAGACGAGAGCUAUCGGCAAGAUAUCAAUCGCUCCUGGAUAAGAAUUUGCACGAGCUACACGAGAAGUACGAGAUGCAGCGAGACGUGCGAGAGGAGCGAAUCAAGACGGAACUGAUGGAAGCCGCGACCCACGUCCUCAAGGAGUACGGGGAGGACAUGAUCGAGGUCAUGAUCACUGUCCCCCUGGUGACAGAGGAGGAGCUGCAGCUGGAACACGAGGAGAAGAAGAACUGGGCGAUUCAAAACUUCAUGAAAGAGAGGGGUAUCGCCAGUGAAGAUUUAUUCAGAAAAUAUGAGGAAAAACUGGAAAAGGACAUCGACUCCCAAUCCACCCUCUACUUCACCAAGAGGAAAUGGAAGGAGAACAUCGCCGACCGGGACCUGCUCAACGCUGUCCAAUACACCGUUUGGAUCUACUGCACCCAGAUGGGCCGGUCGUGCGGAGGAGCCAUCAUCACCGAAGAGGAGCUGGAAGAGAAUCACAUGAAGUACUACAAAGAGGCGCUCGAGACCUUCUCACAAAGAACUCAAAUCACUCUCUGUCCAUAUCUUCUCGAUGGACACCAUACGAGAUUGAUAAUGCGUUUGGAUGAAGUGUAUAAAAAGUAUAUCGAUAUCAGAGAAUUAAAUGAAAGACAAGCAGAAACGGAACUCAUGAAUGCCAAGGAGGAGGCCAUGGAAGAAUACAAUGGCAUGAUGAGCAAAUUUCUGGUAGAUUUGAUGAGCGAAGAGAAACUAAACAAAAUGCAUGCGAACUUCCGUCAACAGACAACUGAAUCCUUCGAAGAGACCGGAGAGAAGUACCCUCAUCUUGCGAAAAAGCACACCCACGAUUUGGAAGUGCGCAUGUCAAGCGAACACGAGCGAUACAAAGCCUUAAGAAACUCCCAAGAGCUCCAAGCCGAGGCUGCCCUACAGGACGCGGUGGAGCGAAGCAUGACGCUCUACGAGCUCGAAAUGUCCUGCCUCUGCGGCGGCAAGGGCACGGCCGAUGGAGGGAGGCAAGGACCGACCGAUAGUCACCUCCUCACCGUGGAGGAGCUGCGCGAAGGACAUGAGAAGUACCGAUGGGAAGCUCUGAAGGUCUUCUGGGAGACGGGGGCCCAGUGGCAAUACCUCGGCGUGAAAUACAAGGAGGAGCUGGAGGAGGGCUUGAUGAAGGCGAAAGAAGAGCUCGAGGAGAAACGGAAAUCCAAAGAAAAAAUAGUGAGAAGAUUGCUGGAGAAAACUGUCAGGGAAAAGGCUGAGGAUUAUCUCAGCCCUACCCGAAUGAAGAAUUUCUACGGAGAAAACGUGGUGGACAAGAGAGAGCUGGAAAAAAACCACGAGGAACACAGGGACGCAGUCGUGCGCUCCUUCAUGGAAGACGGAGACUGGGCCCCUAGUUGGCUAGUAGAAGAGUACCGAGCCAUCCUCGAGACCAACCUGGACGUCUGGCACCGCUCAUUGGAGGUGAACAUGGCAGAGGAGCGCGCGAAGCGUUACCAGGAGAAGAACGUCUUCGGUCUGGUGGGGACACUGGUCCCCCCUGUGGCAAAUUCGAUCAUCGGCCCCGGCGCCGGUGGGAUGGCCCUCGCCGCAGUGGGCGCCGCCGAAAGCAUUUUCCCGCUGGUGGUUUGGAAGUCAAGGUGGCGGAACGUCGCGGUCCUUCCCGACCUUUCCAGCAUUAUCAUGCCCCUCAGAGGUCGUGCAGAAUCUUUGGAUCCAGAUGUGGACGAGGACGCGGUCCGUGGAUGCGCCAUCUGCGUCGUGGAGCACAAGGAAUUCGAUGAGAAGGACUCGUUCUUGUUGAAGGAGGAUCGACUACGGCGGGUGCUGAUGCAGGAGCACUGCAGGGACAAGCCGGUCGCGGUGGUGUCCAUCGCCGGGGGGGCGAGGAGGGGGAAGUCCUUCCUCUUGAGUCUCUUCCUGAGAUACCUCAGGGCUCAAGGGUCUGAAGAUUGGCUCGAGAAUGAGAAUAUACCUAUCACAGGGUUUGCCUGGAAAAUGAGUUCCAAGAGGGUAACGACGGGCAUUCAUAUCUGGGACGAAAUUUUCGCAUUAAAGCUUCCAAACGGAGAAGAGGCAUGCGUCCUUCUGAUGGAUACAGAAGGGACAUUCGACUGCGAGGAGUCCCUCGCCCACAGCGUGACCGUCUUUGCCCUCAGCACCCUCCUCAGUUCCGUCCAGAUUUACAACCUCAAGGAAAACAUCAACAUGGACGACCUUCUUCAUCUGCAGUUCUUUACUGGGUAUGGUCGCCUGUGUCUUGAAGAAAGCGCCGAAAAACCCUUCCAGAACUUCCUUUUCCUCGUCAGAGACUGGAUGAACAAGCACGAGUUCUCCUAUGGAAGCGAAGGAGGGCAGAUGUUGCUGGACGAGAAGCUCCAAACUUCUGGGAGACAGCAAGAAAAAGUAAAGAAAGUGAAGGAAGACAUCAAGCUUUGUUUUUCAAAGCUUAAUUGCUUCCUGAUGCCUCAUCCCGGUGAAAAAGUGGCUGGAGAUCCUAAUUUCAGCGGGUGCCUUUCCGAUAUAAAGGAGGACUUCAAGGAUCAGCUCUGUCAUUUGGUGCCACAGCUGCUCUCCCCAGAAAAUCUGGUCCUGAAGACGAUCGCCGGCCAGCCCAUCACAUGCAAGCAACUCUUCCAAUAUUUUAAGAGCUACGUGGGAGUUUACAACAACCGGGAGGAAACGCCAGAGCCGAAAGGCUUCUUUGAGGCCACCGCCGAAGUCCAGCACCGGAACGCACACGAUGAAGCUGUCGACCGCUACUCUGAACAAAUGAAAAGACUCGUGACAGAAACUCCGGUGCCGUCCGAGAGGAGACUGGACGAAGUCCACUCCUCACUCAGACUGGAGGCGAUCGACAAGUUCACGAGUUCCAAGAAAAUGGGCGGAAAAGAGAUAUUGGGAAUCUAUCAGUCGCUUUUGGACAAGAAUCUGUGCGAGCUACACGAGCGGUACAGAAUGCAGCGAGAUGCGAGGGAGGAGCGAACCAAGAUGGAACUCAUGGAAGCGGCGAUCGGCGCCCUCAAGGUGUACGGGGAGGACAUGGCCGAAGUCAUGAGAACAGUCCCCUUGGUUACCGGGGAGGAAAUGCGAGUGGAACACGAGGAGAAGAAGACCUGGGCGAUUCAAAACUUCCAGCUGAAGAGGGGAAUUGCCAAUGAAGAUCUCUUCAGACAACACAAGGAGAAACUGGAAAAGGACAUCGACACCCAGUCCACCAUCUAUUUCACCGAGCGGCAAUGGAAGGAGGGCACCGCCGAUCGGGAACUGUUCAAUGCCGUCCAGUCCACCAUCUGGAUCUACUGCACUCAAAUGGGCCACUCCUGCGGAGGAGCCGUAAUCCCCGAGAAUGAGCUGGAACGAGAGCACUGGAAGUAUUACGAAGAGGCCCUCGAGACCUUCUCGCAAAGAACUCGAGACACGCUCUGUCCGCAUCUUCUUGAUAGGCACAAGGACAACUUGACGAGGCGUUUGGAUGAAGAAUAUAAAAAGUAUGUCGAACUCCGAGAAACGAAAGAAAGACAAGCAGAAACUGAACUCAUGAAUGCUAAGGAGGAGGCCAUGGAAAAAUACAAUGACACGAUGAGCAAAUUGUUAGUAAAUUUGAUGAGCGAAGAGAAGCUAAACAACAUGCAAGCCAACUAUCGUCGACAGACAAUUGAAUCCUUCGAAGAAACAGCCGAGAAGUACCCCCAUCUUGCAAAGAAACAUAUGGACGACUUGGAAGCGCGCAUGUCAAGCGAACACGAGCGAUACAAAGCCUUCAGAAACUCCCAAGAGCUCCAAGCCGAGGCUGCCCUCCACGACGCGGUGGAGCGAAGCGUCACGCACUACGAGCUCGAGAUGUCCUGCCUCUGCGGCGGCAAGGACACCGCCGAUGGAGGAAGGCAGGGAAGAAGGCUGGGAGGGAGGCUGGGAGCCACCGACAGUCACCUCCUCACCGAAAAAGAGCUGCUCGAAGGACACGAGAAGCACUGCAAGGAAGCCCUGGAUAUCUUCUGGGUGACGGGCAAGCAGUGGCUUCACCUCGCCGAGAAAUUCAAGGAGGAGCUGGAGGAGCGCCUAACGAAGGCGAAAGACGAGCUGGAGAAGAAACGAAAAAAGAAGGAAGAAAGAGUGAGAAGAUUGCUGGAGAAAUCGGUGAGGGAAAAGGCCGAGGAAUACUUCGGCCCGACCCGAAUGAAGAAAUUCUGCGGAGAAACUGUCGUGAACGUCGGAGAACUAAAGGAAAGCCACCAAGAACACAGGGACGCAGUCGUGCGCUCCUUCGUGGAAGAGGGAGACUGGGCCCCAGAUUGGCUCGUCGAAGAGUGCCGAGCCAUCCUCGCGACCGUGAGUGCCCUCCGUUUUUUUCUCCCAUCCCAGUCGAAUACUCCAUUAAUCCGAAUCUAUCGGCAGUACCUGGACGCCUGGUACCGCUCAUUGGAAACGAAGAUGGCCGAGGAGCGUUCCAAGCGCGACCAGGACAAGAAUGUCUCCAACAUGGUCGCCAGAGUGGUCUCCCAGAUGGCAAAUGCCGUGCUCAGCCCCGCUACUGCUGGGAUGGUGAACGUCGCACUGGAUGCCGCCCGUGACGUCAUCCCGCAGCUGGUUGGGAACUCAAGGUGGCGGAACGAGGCCGUCCUUCCGGACCCUGUCGGCAUUAGCAUGCCCCUCAGGGUACUUGAGGUGAAUCCUGCACUCGACGAAGAACAUUCCGGAAAAGAAGAGCCCGAAACAUCGGACGAGCCAGAAUGA